UUAAGGAGUCAGACAGGAAGUGUUUGACCUGGUGAGUCAAAAGGACUUGCAGAGUUCCGUGCUGUCACAAUUCUCAAUUUUUUUUGGCACGCUUGUAACCUGCGCACUCGAAACCUUAUGUGCUCUUGACUGAACGUUCACUUCACAGAGGGGCGUAGGGAGCAUUGGGAACGACUUUUGAUGAACUUUUCACCCAGUGCAAGAAAACCUGCAGGCAUAACUAAACAAGGUCAAAGGGAGGUGAAGCUCUGAAUUCUUGCAGAACAUGGAGCAGGUCGUGGCUGACCUCCCCGGCGGUCCGCUUGACGCUUACAGGAACAAAGCCUCCUUCAGCUGGAAGGAGAUGCUCCACUUCAUUGAUGGAGAGGAAAUAUUACAGUUCAAACAACACGUGUUCAAGAGUUUGGAAAAUGAUCCCGUGUUUUCCCGUCAGCCUGGAGAGGACAUUUCUGUUGAGAAAAAGAGAGAACUUAACUUCCUCAGGGUAAAGCAGCUCUUUCGCUACAACUUCCUGACUAAAGAAGAUAUGAUGGCCAACCCGUGGAAGGCCGUCAUCUUGGACGACUGUCUGGGCAUGUAUGACUGGGCUCUGGACGCCAAGUAUGGCCUCAACAGAGUGAUGUUUGCAGGAACCAUCAUCAGUUCAGGGUCAGGUAGACAUGGCAAAUAUGUAAAGGACAUUGAAGACAUGGAGACGUUUGGGUGUUUCGCACUGACUGAGCUGAGCCAUGGUAGCAACACUCGAGCCAUGAGAACCACAGCCACUUAUGAUCCUUCUUCCCAGGAGUUUGUCAUCAAUUCUCCAGACUUUGAAGCUGCAAAGUUCUGGGUUGGAAACAUGGGAAAGACGGCCACUCAUGCUGUCGUAUUUGCUCAGCUCUACACACCUGACCAGGUGUGCCAUGGCCUGCACUCUUUUAUUGUUCCGAUAAGAGACCCCAAAACCCUGCUGGCUCUCCCCGGUGUUCUGGUUGGAGACAUGGGAAAAAAAUUAGGCCAGAAUGGACUGGAUAAUGGGUUUGCAAUGUUUCACAAUGUGAGAAUUCCCAGGGAAAACCUGCUGAACCGGACAGGCGAUGUUACCCCUGAUGGACAAUAUGUGACACCGUUCAAGGACCCUAACAAGCGUUUUGGAGCAUCUUUGGGGGCCCUUUCCGGAGGUCGGAUUUAUAUCACCAGGAUGGCUUUCGUCAACUUGACGCUUGCUGUCACUGUCGCUAUUCGAUUCUCAGCCACAAGGAAACAGUUUGGACCAAGUAACACAGAGGAGAUUCCAGUUCUGGAAUACCAGUUACAGCAGUGGCGUCUGAUCCCUUAUGUGGCGGCAGCAUAUGUCCUGGGACACUUCACUAAAACCAUCUUCAUGAACUUUGUUGAGUUCCAGUUUGGACAGCUGAUGAAGGACAACAGUGACAGACAAGCAGAGAUGGGGAGGGAGAUCCAUGCCAUCGGGUGCUCUAGUAAACCACUGGGUUCAUGGACGGCUCAGAGGGGCAUCCAGGAGUGCAGAGAGGCCUGUGGUGGCCAUGGAUACCUUGCCAUGAACCGACUGGGUGACCUGCGUGAUGAUAAUGACCCAAACUGCACAUAUGAAGGAGACAACAACGUGUUGCUCCAGCAGACCAGCAACUACCUUCUGAGCUUGUUCCACGCCAAACUCCACAGUGGUGUUCCCAUUCAGUCUCCCUUUCACACUGUGGACUUUUUGGAUAAUCAUUUAAAACAUCUGGAAAGCAAAUUUACAGCAACAACAGUAGAGGACUGUAUGGAUCCUGAGGUGUCUUUAGCUGCCUAUAUGUGGCUCAUCAGUUUUCUGCUUGUGGAGAGUCAGAAGAGGUUGGAACAACAGAGCGCCUCAGGCAGUGAUGAGUUUGAGGCCCGUAACAACAGCCAGGUAUAUUACUGCAGGUCCUUGGCUAUCACCUACAUUGAACACUGCUGCCUGCAGAGGUUUCACAGUCUGACCACUGAUCAGGACACGCCCUCUGACCUCAAACCGGUCCUAAGAAAACUGUGUGCCCUGUAUGGACUGUGGAGUCUCAGCAACCACAUGGCGACACUGUUCCAGGGUGAUUAUAUGACUGGAAGGAAACCAGCAGAGUUGGUCCAGUUGACCAUCCUGAGACUCUGCUCAGAGCUGAAGAAUGAAGCGGUGGCUUUAGUGGAUGUUUUAGCUCCCACAGAUUUUAUCCUCAACUCCCCUAUUGCCAACGCUGAUGGAGAGCUGUAUAAGAACCUGUGGUCCACAGUGAUGCAAGGCAGUCAAGUGCUGGAGCGUCCCUCCUGGUGGAAAGAGUUCUGCUCUAAGAAACCGACGGUCGGAUCCCUUCGUUCCAAACUUUAGAGGCUAAACAACAAAAUGGAAGAGACAACAGAUCCAUUUUUAACAAGAAGAUAAACUUAAGACGAGCUGCAAUGUUUCUCUGGGGCAUUAAAAGUCAUGAAAUUGAUUUGGUUGAAUUUAAGGCCUUAAAUGGCAUUUAAUCUGAAGCUCAGUGGCAUUAAAAAUGCUUUUAUUAGUUUUGUUCAGCCAGACUCGCUCAUUGGUGAAUUUAUGAAUUAUUGCCAGUGUUGUCUUGAAAAGUGAUGCCAAAAACGGACCUUCCUUCACACAACUUUGCAGCUUAAAAUUCAGUGAAUAGAACAAUAUUGUGACUAAAAAACACACAUUUCUAUGGUAAGUUAUACUAUAAAGGUUAUACUACUUACAGUAAGUAGUACAAGAUAAGUAAUAUUUCAAAAGAGCAGAAGAAAUUGUAUGUUUUUAGAACAAUAACAAUAUUUGUUCAUCUGUUGCUAAGAGAUGAGCGGGUUUUCUGGUAACAAAAUGCCGCGAACUGAACAUCUGAUUUUUACUUUUGCAAAAUUUACCAACUGUAAAUUUCCUGUGCUUAUUUUGAAAUAAGCAGUAUUUCAAAAGAGCUUAUGUUUUAUAAACAAUAAUAUUACUUGUUAUUAAUUUGGUGUUAAAAGAUGAGCGUUUUUCCUGAUGAUGAACUGCCACGAAGUAUAAAUCAGACUUUUACUUUUGUGUUGAAUGUCUGUUUUGUAAUAUAUUUACUGCCAAUGACAAAAAAAAAAAAAAACACAGAGAUGAAUGAAAUGCUAAGCAGGAAAUUCUGCUAGUUGACUAUUCAUAUUUAAAAUCAUUUGUCAGAUUAUAAACUGAGAAAUGAUUUUAAACUUUAAAAUUGCCUUGUUGCUGAAAAUGUGCUAUAUAAAUAAAAUGACCUGACCUCACCAUUAGUACCUUUUAAUCACAACCUUUAAGCUGCUGUUUAACAUACUUUUUAUUAUUUUCACAGCUCUGUAUUAAAAAUGAUUUUUUCUGGUGUAAUGUUUUAAUCUUAAUUGUCAAGAUCAUUGCAAGCAACAAAAAUAAAGGAUUCAAAAUAUA